CGGCACCCACUAUCAUUGUUGGAUCCGAAUUUAUCGCUUAUCAAUCGUGGCUCACGUGUAUCGCAACGUGGUCGUUGAUAGUGGGAACAGAGAUAAGAAUAUCGUUUGCCGGGGAAAUUGUUUCAUAUAUGCACGAGGGGUGUAAAUUAUGUUAAUAGACGUUGGUAUUGAAAUAAGAAAACAAGUUGUUUCCAUUUGGUCGAAACGUCUUUUGAGUUAUUUUAGAGCUCAAGGUCAACGUAUUGAAAUUAUAAUCGAAUCUUCAAAGCUUUUAAAGCAGUUUUAUUAUUUGGUUAUUAUUCUGGUUUUAUGUUCAGGUGUCAUUGAAAUAUUUUUGGCUCGCCGAGGUUUGUAGGGCUCGAGGAUCACUCGACUAUUUCUGGAUUCGGCCCUCGCCAGAUCUCGUUUAAACGUCAUCUGUGUCUUCGGUCGAAAGGGCUUGGGCACCUUUCACUGAGAACGCCUUGGCCUUCUUUCAUUUGCCCGAGAGUUCACUUUAAAAAUCGAAAUUACCCUGUUUUCAAUCAUUUUUCGGCGACGAGAAUUCGUUCCAGCGUGACUUUUGUUAAAUGGAAAGGAAAAAGAGGAGACGAUUCCAGCGCCUGCCUCCGGUCGCCAGCUUGUUAUCCUUGAUCAGUAACGCAAUAUGUGGCUCACGUAUAAGCGCGACACGUUAAAGCAGCGAGCAGAAUCAUGACCGAGUGUCGCCUUCUCGUCGCGCAUCUUUGGUUUCAAUAGCUUCUACUGCUAAUCGCUCUAAUAGAAUCGCCUGAUGUUAUUGUCGCACUCAUUGAUUAAUCAUCGCCUAUGAACUUGUAAACUGGAAACACUACAUUGUUCGGACCAGGGUAUAUCGUUUCUCGACACCGAUACGUAGAGAACCUGGCAGACAAUGCAGGGAAAACAAACUUUUGUUUUUUUAUUCAGAAAUUCUCAGAAGAUUCAACAACGUUGCGAAUUUAUACGAUUAUUGUUAUCGUUUUCAAUCUUGAAGGAAGAGAUGCACUUGUGCGAUAAAAACAAAAAUAGAAACGAAGAAUAGAACACAAAUUCUAGUUAGCGGAAGCAUGGGAAGACCGCCUCAAUUCCGCUGGUUCUUCCCUCUUCGAAGACGUAGAACCGGAGUAGUUUACGGUGUCGCGUUCUCGCGCAAUUACGAGCCGUCUUGGCUGAUCGAUCCGAGGUGAAAGCAAAUCGUGCACCUUAAAGGAAAAAGAAGAAGGCGAAGACGACGAGUCUCUCGAGUCUAACGUAUAUUCGCAGCCUCCGUUCUAAUUAACGUCUCCUUAAACGCGGCACUUUACGCCUCGAGUUUCCGCGUGAUGAAUUUUCCCCCGGGCCAAUUAUGUUACGCCUCGUUCGCCAGCGGAUGCGAUUCUUUUUCGCACACGAUCAUUACGCCAACGGGAGAUCCCGCGAGAUCUUCUCGGUGACAAGACGGCGAAGUCACGAGCGAAGAAUGUUGCCCUCGACUCCCACCAUGAUCAUCAUCCGCGUUAAUGAUCAACGAUACGUUCACUAAUUACAUAAUAAAAUCGAUUAUUCCGCAAGUGCGUAACGAAAACUUUCAGUAUCCUUGUCUAUGAUCCGUCGAUUUCUAAAAUCUAACAAGAGGAUUUCUUCGAGGUCGGAGAAAAAUAUUUAAAAAACAUUUAAAGAAGGAAGCAAAGGGAGGCGGUAAUAAAAAAGUUGUUGCUUGGGAAUACUUUAUCCUCCUGAGAAUAUUCGUGUGCAGCAAUCGUGGCGAGCAGGUGAGGACACGGGCAGAGUUGGUGGGAUAAGGUUUGAGGGUCACGCGCCGCUUUGGAAGGUCCGUGACUGAGAAGCUAACCGGUCCUGAAGGCUUGCCGACUGGUAGAAAAUUGUAUACGACGUCCCCAGGUGUCGGUGUUCUUCCUCGACUUCCGCAUUGCCCGAUCGCUUGUCAGUCCUCGCCUCCGUCGAUUCCUUCCGAUCGACACAGAUCAGGCGUUAUUCAGGCGGUCUUGGGACGAGGACCUUCGAGUCGAAACGCGGAAACGGUCCUUGAGUGGUCCCAUUUGCAUCGACCGUUCUUGCCCAUUUGCUUCCACAGCUACGGUUAAUGAGAACAGCCAGCUAGAUCUAUUCUGUAUCCUAUGUACAUAUAAGUGCAUCGAGUCUCCAUGUAUUUCUCCAAUAAUCAUUUAAGAAUUCUUUGUUCACGAGGUGACGAAGAGGGUUCAACGGCACGAGUUUGACUCAAGUUCGACGAUGUAUUUUCAGCAUCGCGUUUUUCCCCAUGCGGAGAGAGGACAUUGAAGAGGAGAUUCAUCGCGAAACGCUUCGCAUCCAGAGUGUUUGAUCGUUUAACGAUCCCGUUCCGUGACGCAAAAGCAAAUCCAUUACUGUGUGUCUGCAGAUGAGAAGUCUAUGAGCUGAGCGCGUGGCCGUGAUCACGUAGUCUACAAACAACUUAAGCCAGUCCCUUCCUCCCAUCGUACUUUGCUCGGUUUCGUAAACGAGAACUUUGCCUAACGAUCGUCUUAUCUUCUAAUCUCCCGUUUCUUUGUUCACGUUUAUUGCCGAAAUUUGAAUACAUUAUUGUACAAAUAGUAGAUUGGUAUUUAAUUUUUCCAUAAACGGUAGGUCAAAGUGCGACGAUUUCGUGGAAGAGCACAUCAUGCGUGGUUGAAACGUGUCGUCGUUACUGAACGGGGUUGUAUCGAAUCAUGAUGAAGUCGAUCUACAUUAAACUCAAUUGAUGCGAUCACGUGCUCGACGCUCUGUAGCUCUCGGGUCAUCAUACGCAAAUGCGAGCGGCGCCGUUAUACGAUUGAAUGAAAAACAUAUAACGAAACAGGUGCUUCGUCGAUGGGUAUACAAAUUACGGUGCGAUUAUCGCGGCCGAGGGACCUUUAAUAGGCAUCAUCCUCUAUUCCGGUCGAUUGUUCGGUCUUAAUUAGAGUCAACUCAUUAAUUAAACCCAUCUGGCACGGUCGCUUUAAAUCUCGUUACGCCAAACAGCGUGGUAAAAAGUCGCAAUUAUGCGCGCAAGAGGAGAGGACUGAGAAAGUGUCGUGUGCACGCAAACGAGAUGAUUAAAAGUGAUCGUCCUUCCGCUUGGUAUCUUGAAUUUCAUGCAUUAAAAUUCCUCGGGGCGCGAAACAAAGUUCUAUUCCACGCUUGAAAUUUUACCUCUUCGAAAUUCAUAUUUCUUAUCGUAUCUGCAUAUUUAUAUGUUUUCGACGAGUUAAUUGCGUUCGAACGAAAAACGGAUAGUGUAAAAGAAGCGAAAUUGAAAGUACGGACACUUAUGGCAAAGUCCGUGGAUCCGCUACCGUUGCUCGUCGUGACUCCUCGCUGUUAUCACGACACUACGUCUACCUCCGCGUUAAUAGUCUGACCGCGUACUUAUUGUUCCUACGAAAAGUGACCGCAAGGUCGAGGAAGACGAUACGUGAGAAUGACAAUGCAUCGCGAAUAAUAAAAUUGUUUGCGUCGAUGAAAAACACGUUCUCUCGAAUUCAACGAGGCGCCGGGUCUUACUAAAUCGAACGAUGGAGAUAUUUUUGAACGUUCCAAUGAACGAGAUGGACUUUAAUAUUUUGUGGAUGGGGAAUCACCCGAAGCCAGAUAUCCUACGGAAUUUAAUGCCUCACCAGAAAGUGAAUCAUUUCCCAAGAUCGUACGAAAUCACGCGCAAGGAUCGACUUUACAAGAACAUUGAGGCGAUGCAGCGUAGCAAGGGUUUACGGAACUUGGAUUUCAUACCACAGACGUUCCUGCUUCCGAGCGAGUCAAGGGAAUUGCUCACAGCGCAUUUCAGGUAUCGCGGCCCCUGGAUUGUCAAACCCAAAGCCAGUUCUCGCGGACGCGGCAUUUAUAUUGUUAACAGUCCUGAGAAGAUUCUUACGGACGAAUCCGUGAUCGUCGCGCAAUACAUAAAUAAUCCUCUGUUGGUCGAUGGACACAAAUGCGACUUGCGGUUGUACGUGGCCGUCACGAAUUACGACCCGUUGUUGAUCUACCUGUACGAAGAGGGUUUGGUAAGAUUCGCCACGGUGAAGUACGACGGUGGUAACCAGUACAUAUGGAAUCCUUGCAUGCACCUAUGCAAUUACAGCAUCAACAAAUUCCACGUGGAUUACGUGAAAAGCGAGGAUCCUGACGCGGAGGACGUCGGCCACAAAUGGACGUUAUCGGCGUUGCUUAGACACUUGCGAUCGAUGGGACAGGACACGGAAUUACUCAUGCAGCGCAUAGAGGACAUCAUAAUAAAAUCGAUUCUCGCGACCGCGUCCGGCAUCGUGAGCGGCAUCAAGCAAUUUGUGAAACAUCCCGAAGCAUGCUUCGAACUGUUUGGGUUCGAUGUAUUAAUCGACGAUACGCUGAAACCGUGGCUACUGGAAGUGAAUUUAACGCCGUCGCUCGGUUGCGACUCGCCGCUCGAUGUCAGAUUGAAAUCUGCACUGAUAACCGAUUUGCUUACUUUGGUCGGAAUACCUGCGAUUGACCCGAUGCUACGGCCUCAAACGCAACAUUUGAAUCGAUCGACCUUGUCUACCAAAAGAAUAGUCAGCUGUAGAAGAGUUCAUUCGGCAGAGACGUUGACACAGAGGAAGAAGAAUACUAGUAAAAGCAAUAUUAAUAAAUCUGGAUUAACGCCGGAGCAACAACGGAUAGUGGCAUCUGCCAAAGCGCAAUUCGACAGGCGAGGAGGUUUCGUUCGGAUAUUUCCUAGCCCGAAAUCGUGGGAAAUGUAUUCACAAUAUCUGGAUCCGACUACGGGAAUACCGAUGGUUUCGGAUCCACUGGGACCAGGCAGAGUUCCGCAUCAAAUCAAUACUAAUCACAAUUUAAUGUUGCACGAGCAAUUGUUCCCCGCGGCCAGCCGCACUACCGAUUUUAUCAUUCCUGAAGUAACUCUAGAUAGACUCUCUAGAUAUGAAAGGUAUGAAAGAGCUUUGGUAAAAGGGCACAAGCAGAGCUUGGACCGUGGUAACAGUAAAGAAAACAUGGACAUUGAUAGGCACAAGUAUAAAAGUCAAGUAGUACAAUCUAUGCACGAAGGAAACAAACUCAGUCCUGGGGAAGCUAGAAAGGCCUUCGGUUUAUACUUGGGACACGUGUUGCGCAAGAUAUCGCAGCCUAACGCGGAUCCGGCGUGCUGCGAUCUCGUAAUGAAAUUCCUUCAACAGUCGGCCAAUAAUUUAAGGACACCGUUCUUUUUUACCUUACCAAGUAGUAAACUGAGCGACAAGGACCGUGCUGCGAUCACGGCUAAGCAACUGUCUGACUUUUUGCACAUGUACAAUCGUGAGACAGAUCUUUAUGCAGAUACAGUUGAUCGCCCACGUACUGUCCCGAAUCGACUUUUUCAAAAAUUCUUGGCCGCUGCCAGCGAGCAAGAUCUCGAUGAUAUAUUAAUUCUACAAACGAGGCUGUACAAGUGCGCUCAUAGUUUUUUGGGAAGGAGCGUGUUUGCGGGUAGUCUGCCGGGUCCUAAUUUAUUGGGCUCUCUGCCGCACAUCACGUCUCGCGUCUACUCGAACGCGGCAACCACCGAACAAUGCAAAUGUAAUCAAUCGUCAAUCACUAGGCCUACAAAAGCUGCGCGUACCUAGUUUGUAUAAUAUGUGUAUAUUUGUUAUAGAUACGCGUACUCGUUAAAAGUACUAUUGUACGGCUGCUCUAGGACUUCCCAGUACAAGUGGACAAUCAUCCACGUAUAUAUAGAUAUACAUACACAUAUAUAUAUAUAUUUAAAAACUUGACGUUUCCCGUAUAAAUAUAGCCCAGAAAGCCGUCACACAAUUCAUAUUUUUGGGUACGCUUUAAGAGCGCUUUAAUAUUCGCUUAUUAUUAUUAUAAGGGUAGAAACGGAAACGAGUUCGUUAUACGACACUUUCAACGAAUAUUUCGAGCCUUCUUAACGGAGUUUCCUUAGUCUCUCCAGUCGAUUUCAUACUCUUACAUUACGAUUUUAUCUUAAAACUAGUCUUCAGCGUCAAAGUUAGAUAGAAAAUGAUCAUGAAAAAAGGUUCAUGGGUCUGAGUGUCGCGAGUUUUAACGUGGAAGACAGGUGGCCAAUUAAAGCUGAUCCGUUUUAUAAAAUAAGUGAUUCAAUCAGAGAAUUUUAACAACUGAUCUUCACCACUUGAAAUUAAAUCAUCUCUGCCCAUCGUGAAAUAUUUAGUCAUCAGUUUCGUGCACUUAUUUGUUUUUGCAUUACGAUCAUUCAUUGAUUAAUUUCGUUUGCGAUUAGUUAAGGUUUAAGAAUUUUAAAUUAUGUUCUAGUAAUUACUCUUAUCGUUCGUAACAAUCUUAGUUCAGAUGUUCCUAUUUAAUUAAGGUGUUCGAUUGAAGGAACAUGUUCAGUUGUACGAUCUUCUGUGUCGACGCUUUUCUAGUCAAAUUGAAAGCAGAAACACAAAGAAUUAACAUGUAUUUUUCUUUUAUAAUUCGACGCCUGCUGUUCAUGAGAUCGUAUCUCGGCGACAAUGUAAUCGUAUUUCACGGACAAUUCCCUAAGAUACGAUCUUAUGAACAGGAGCCCUCGAACUGUUCGUAAGUUUAUUUUUUUUAACACUUCAUGAGAGAAUUUAAAUUCGUCCAUAGGCGAUCUAGAAAUACGCGUAGAAAUAAAAAGGAAAUCAUUCAACGAACUUUUGCGAGCACAUGUAUAAAUCAUGAAAGAUCGUUUUUGAGAUCAAUUUUUCAAAGUGCAAUAAUCUAAUUGAACUUAGGCUCGUCAUAAGAUAACAAAACAACAUAUAUUUUGUAUAGUACUAGGAAGAACACCAGCUCGUACAAUGAUUUUUAAUCGUGGCUCGAUAUAACACGCCCAACAAUAUUAAUUUACGCGGAUUCCGUUUAAGAAAUGCUGCGCGCCUGCUAAGCGAAAGAUGGGAGAUGUUUGUCAAUAUGGUUUGGCAGGUACCAAUCCAUUUAGAUUAAAAUCGUAUAGAGGUCUUGUCCAUCCAUGCAAUGCCGUCAGUAUUUAGUAUACAUAUACAAGGAUUUGCAGCUUAUUCUUCCAACGAACAUAACGUCAUUCGCAUUUUGCAAGCUUUGUAACAUAGCACGUGACGAAAUAGCGGAACGUUGUAUUUUUCCAUUUACGUUGACUAAUUCCGAAUUCAACUGAUUUGCUGUGAUACGACCGCAUUGUACGCCGUUACAGGUAUACGUCGAACACAAUAUCCAUAAAUCAAUGGCAUUUUCGAUAUACCUAAUCUAUAACAUGUUAUCGUGGGGAGUUGAUCUCAUGUGAAUCAUACGAACGUCUGUAAUAUGUUCCCUUGCUAAGCACAAAGAGAGCUAACUUGUACUACGUUCGAUCAAGCACGAAAGAAUAUUGUUAUCGCAUAAUCGUAAUCAUAGCGUGAUACGUAAUCGGUUUUAAAAGUGUUUUAUGCGUUAUCGAUGUCUGUUUUCAAGUUUGACACAUAUAUUUAACGAAGAACUUAAACAACGAGUAGUAGGCUUAAAAAUAUUAUUCUAAUCGAGUGUUAAUCGUAUUCAUGUUUGCUUCGUUCUGUUGAAUCACAUUUUCGUUUCUUUAUUAACUAUUAGAGGUGUGCGGGUUCCCCGUAAUUCUGUUCAAGUUGGAAUGAUGAAAGUUUGCAAAUCUCGAAUACCCGCGAUUUCGAGUCGCGGUCGAGCCAGGCCGGAUUCCCGUACACCCCUAUUAAUUAUCGUAACGCCGUAUCUUAUAAGUUCGUAAAGUAUUAUUUCGUUAUUUAACUCCUAAAUGAAAGAUUAAUAUAUUUAUAUAGCAGCGAGGAUAUUUUUUUAGUUCGUAUGAUGUUCUCUGUUCUCUGUACAUACAUGUAUGAAUCACGUCAUUAAUUUCACAUGUAUUAAUUUACGUACGAAAUGUUCACGAAGAAGAAGAAGAAGAAGACACAGAAGCAUAUCGAUUCCAUGUUAGCAAUUUAUCUGUACUCCAAACGUAAUACGAUGCUUGGCGAGAAAUCGAUAUUAUCUAUUACACACAAAGUGGUACUGCCAUUAUUUUGUAAACAUAUCUUUCCUUUACGACUGCAAUAUAUUUUUUAUAUCGUAGUCAAAUCUUUUUGUUCGAUUAGAAAAAAUAACGAGAAGUUACAAAUGUACGUUUCACUUGGCAAAGAUUGUUUCAGUGAGGUCUAACACGCCGGUAAAUGAUUUUACGAUGUUCACAGAAGAAAGAUAGUUCUGAAGCUUUUUAUGUAUGUUGCUAAUAUGUACAAUUGAUCUAUCGUUAUUACACUUAAGUGUUCACGGUCUGUUCAGCCAAAUGCUUUCUGUAUUCGUGUAUUUUGUGAUACGAAUCGUUUGUUACCUCGUAACACGAUGCAUCGUAAAUGCUUGAGGGAUACUUAUAAAUAUCAAUUAAGCACGUAAAAGGUUCGAUAAAAAAACGUUUUUCCUGCCUAUCAAUGUUACAGUUUACUUUUCAAGCUUAUGCAGUAAGUUCGUUGAGCAAUUCGAGCUCGUAAAAUUAUUAAUACCAGAGGAGCGAUCGAAUUAAGGAAGUAGCAAAAUUAACGGGAUUAUGAAAUUAGCAGAUGUACAUAAAGAAAAUUGUUAUGACAUACCUCUGUGUUGCUCGAGGCAACACUCCCUUCCUACCUGUGAUUUGUAAAAUUUACUAGUCAGCUUACUGCAUUUAUUAUGAAUAAAAUAUUGUAAGAAAAGUAAUGGCUACACGUACAAAUAUUUUAUUAUAAUCACGGAACGAUGCGACCGUUACUCGGGUAUGUAACAAUGUCGAGGUGUCGAUCGAAGAAAGACAGAGAAUCCCACUUAAGCAAAUUUACAAUUGUUAAAAGUCUUGUCCUCUUGUUGAUUGUUACACCGAAUAAGUAUACACUGUGCAGCCUUCUUAGGUAUUAAACAUUUCAAAUAAUAUCGAAAACCAACGAUUGUAUGAUAAUGUACAAGCGUACGUAUUUUCGCAUUGUAAAAUUAUCUUCAACUUUAAGUAUUCGAAAUAAAAAUGUGACGAACCUGCA